AUGCACUUCAAAUACCUCUCUCUCCUAGCCCUAGCCCUCCUCCAACCAGUCCACUCCUUCGCAAUCCAGUCCCGCUCAACCUCAACACAAACCCGUACCCAAUGCCAAAAACACCUCAACUGUCCCAAAGACACCCUCUUCGUCUCCCCCACAGACCCCCGCGCAAGCCAUAAAACAAUCCAAAGCGCAAUCUCCUCCCUACCAAACGAUAAAUCCUCACAGACAAUCCUCGUUUUCGAAGGAUCCUACAACGAACAAUUAAACGUCACCAGACCAGGUCCCAUAACCAUCCUCGGCCAAAGCGAUUCACCAUCCGACCCGUUAAAGAACAAAGUAACUGUUUCUUUUGCCGCGGCGAAUCAGGAUAGUACCGGGACCAUUGAUAAUGUCUGGUUUAGCGUUUUGGUUGUUGCGCCUACGCUGGAUGCAAGUCUGAUUGGGAGUGGGACGACGGGAUUUGCGGUGCCGGAUGAUACGCCGUUUGGGAAUACGGAUUUCAGGGUGUAUAAUGUUGAUUUUGUGAAUGAUUUUGCGCCUUAUACUGAUGGUCCUGCUGCGGCGAUGAUGAUUAGUCGGGCGAAUGGGGGGUUCUAUUAUUGUGGAUUUUACUCUUAUCAGGAUACGAUCUAUGUUGGAAAACUUGGAAACGCCUACUUCUACAAAAGCAUCAUUGCCGGCGAAACGGACUUCCUCUAUGGUUUCGGCACAGCCUGGAUCCAAUCAUCCGAUAUUCAACUCCGAGGCUGCGGAGGCGGCAUAACAGCCUGGAAAGGGACGAAUACAACAUUCGAAAACAAAUACGGCGUCUACAUCGUCGAUAGUAACGUUGCUGCUGCAAAUUCGUCAGUUGCACCCAGUAUCAAGGGGAAAUGUGCUCUUGGACGGCCGUGGAAUGCACUACACAGAUCUAUUUUUGCAAAUACCUAUGAAGAUGGAAGUAUUCUUCCUGCGGGGUAUAUUCAGUGGGAUGAUCGGUAUGAGGACGGAUCUACGCUUAUGGCUGAGUAUGAGGCUUUUGGGCCCGGUUUUAACAAGACGGCGAGAGUUGAUGGGGGAUAUGAUACUUUGCUUAGCAAGAAGGGGUAUCAGACUUACUCCACGCCUGAGGUCGUGUUUCAGGAUCAGGAGGGGAAGCUUGGGUAUGUGGAUUGGAUUGAUUGGGAGACUGUCGGUGGGAAAUAG